AUGAUUGAAAUAGCACAAAACAUUCUUGGCGAUAAUCAAGUCGUUGAAUUGCGUUAUUAUGGUAAACGUGUUUUUUCUUCAUUUCGUGAUCGUAGAAAAUUAGAUGUGAACAAAAAUCUAAGUACAUUAUCAGCAACAAUAAAAAAAUUUGAACAAUCAAUUCGGUCAAGUUCUGGAAAAGGUAUUUCGAUUGGUUUAUUUAUAAUAGCUGUUAGUGUUUUCACAUUAAUUGCUGUUAAAGAAAAAUCUCAUACUUCAUUUCAUCUAUUACUUCCAUAUACAUUUGUAACUAUUCUACUUUGUCUUUUUCGUAUAUCAACAUCAGUUAAUGUUCUUUAA